AUGGGCCCACGCCCCGUUGUCUCAAUAGCACCAGCUCGCCCUCGCACAGUAUACAAGUCUCCUGCGGGCAAGGAGUCCCUGAGCAAGCCCACGUCCAGCAACGGCCCCGUCUCAAACAUCCGCUCGCGCAGAGAGCGCCCGUGUGACGCCUGCAGGAGGAGGAAAAGCCGCUGCGUGAUACACGAGGGUGCUGCCCUGUGUGUCUUGUGCGACUUCCACAAGCAAGAGUGUACCUUUGUACAAAGCCCCCUUCCACGAAAGCGGAAAGUCGUCGACGGCGACAAGAAGGACUCGCCCAGCAACACCAAGAAGAGAUCUGUCGACUCAGACCCCCCACCACUAGCACUGUCGACACCCACCAUCACAGCAACCGCGCCAAGCCCCCCACCACCACAACCACCACCACCACCACCACAACAACAACAACAACAGCCACCGCAACUGUCCCGUCUGACAAGUCUGAACCUGCCUCAGCUUGGAGAGACACUAGGCCUGCAAAGACGCCAACAUAGCAGAUAUAUUGGUCUGAGCUCCCCUUUCGACUCUCUCCUCAUUGGUCUUUCCCAGUUCGAUACCCGUAACGAAUCUACUUUCGAUCUUGGUACACUGCGACGCGUAAACGAUCAUGAAUGUUUCAUUAUGCUGCCUGACGAGAACACCCAAGACUUUGCCGGCGAGUCUGAAGCGCUGAGCCAGGUUGAGCAGCUCGUGCACCCACAUGGCCCUGCCUUGCUAGACCUGUACUUCCAAGUGGUACAUCCAAACUAUCCCAUUAUCCAGAAGCACCUAUUCGUCGAGCGGUAUCGCAGUAGCGAUCGAAGCUUCGCACCGGCCCUUCUGGCUGGUAUGUACAUUCUGGCCCUCAAUUGGUGGUCCUUUAACCCCAAGCUCGCAAACUACAGCAAGCCUGAUGCCGCCCGGUUGGAGACGGUUGCCAUGAAGGCACUGACGCUGUCUAUGGAGCGGCCAAAACUGUCGACUGUGCAGGCAGGCUUGCUGUUGCUUCAGCGGCCAGAGGCAGAUUCGUGGAGUCUGACUACGCAAUUGGUGGCCAUCGGCCAGGAGCUAGGUCUCCACCUUGACUGCUCCUCGUGGUCGAUCCCUCUUUGGGAGCGUGGGCUGAGGAAGCGCAUUGCAUGUGCAUUGUACAUGCAAGAUAAGUGGAGCUCGCUGAUCCACGGCCGGCCCUCGCACAUAUUCAACGCCAAUUGGGCAGUCAAACCCAUCACUAAAGAGGACUUUAUCGAGGACGGAGAUGGUUAUGAUGCACGGCAAGAAGAGACGGACGAAGAACAGGCCGAGAACCAACGCGGGCGGAUACUGUUUGCUCAGAUGAUAGGACUUACCCAGAUCAUGGCAGAGGUCAUGGACACAUUCUAUACACAGACAGCCAUCCAUGACUUUGCAAACGCUGGGAAAAAGUCGACCGAGCUGAUUCUGGCACGCGCGAAACCUGUACAGAUCAAGCUUCGUCAGUGGCACGAGAAGCUGCCUAACGAGGUCAAGAUGAACACGCCCGAGAAAGGCAAACUCACAUCCACGGGCUACCUGCACCUCGCCUACUUUGCGACGGAGAUCACUCUUCACCGGCGUAUCGUGCAAUCUCUUGAUUCGACCAAUCCGGACUCGUACGGUCUCUUCAUGUGCCGCAGCGCUGCAAAGACAAGGCUGAUUUCAGCCAUGGACUUUGUCAACCGCCUCAAGCCAGAGCAUCUACAGGCAUUCUGGUACUUUGCUUCCAAGGUCAACUUCACCCUCAUCGGCACUUUCGGAUCGCUGUUGUGGGCUACGGCACCAGCCAAGGAAGAGGCCGAGUUCUACAAGCUUAGGCUGUGCGAGUAUCGCUGGACCCUGUCCGUGUCGUCCAAGCGUGCCGACUUUCUCGACUACGCAGUCUCGAUGCUGGAUGCGAGUCGUGCCAUGCUCAGCAAUCUAGCCGAAAAACCUAGUCUGGCCGAGCAGAUUAGCAACGCUGGGGUGCCGCCUGCAGCGCCUCCGCGACAGUACUCUUCUCUCUCGAACAUGGGACCACCGCAAAACUCUCAUGGAGCGGCAAGAUAUGAACAAGAAGACAUUGAAAUGGGUGAUGGCGAUGAUCUCCAGAGGGUAUCGUCGGGUGAAAGCUUCGAAGGGUUUAAUGACGGGUCGCAAUAUGGAAGCCGUCCGCAGACAGCGGGUAACUCGCCCAACUCACAAUGA